AUGCUAACGUAUUGUUCGAGUCACAGAUCGCGCUGGAAGAAGAAGAAGAAGAAGAAGAAGAAGAAGAAGAAGAAGAAGAAGAAGAAAAAGAAGAAGAAGGAGGAGAAGAAGGAGAAAAAAGAAAAGGAGGAGAAGGAGAAGGAGAAGGAGAAUGAGAAGGAGAAGGAAGAGAAGAAGAAGAAGAAGAAGAAAAAGAAGAGGGGUUGA